GCCUGCGAUUCAUGUCGAAAGAAGAAAAUCCGGUGUGAGCCAAUCGCUGAAGGCUGUAUACAAUGCAUCAAGUAUCAUAUCCCGUGUCACUUUACCCCAAUUUCGACGAAAAGGUGCCGCCGGAAGCCAUCUGGAUACAGGCAGAUCAGAGAGCUUGAAGAGCGGCUCAAGCAUAUGGAGAUCCAAUUAUCGAAAGCACUCGAGACAAAAGGAAUUGAAGGAGGUGACUCUUCACAUAAGGGCGGCAUACCAUUCGGCGUAAUUGACUUGAAGACUUGUGAGAAUGUACAAAGCCACCGCGACAUUUGGAGUACUGCGGGCACAUCAGGCCCUGCCGGUGCUACCUUGAUGAAUUGCUCUCCAUCAGAGAACCCGGAAAGGAGUAUUAUAGGGACAAUCGUACCAACAGAUGAACAUUUGCUCAUCCCUCUCCAUUCUGCCCCUUCAUUCACACGAGCUGUACCACCUGGGCCCUUCAAGCAGCUGUCGCUUCAACCGAUGCCCCCCAAGUCACUUGCCUUAGAGCUAGUCCAAGAUACCAUGAUUUCUUUUAACCGCUUUAUACCGCUAUUUGACGAGCAAGACUUUCUUCAGCAGUUUGAGGAGCAAUAUCCCAGCUCAAACCACAGCAAUACUGCUUGGUGGGCUUGCAUCAAUGUCGUUUUAUCCCUGUCUCAUCGGUUUCGGGCAAUGCGAACCUUGGAACCAGCUUGUGAGAAUACAGCAGCAUAUGGUCAUCUGCGCAAUGCAAUGUCGGUAGUUGCAGAGCUCAACAUGCUACAAAACAGCUUGCCUGCUAUUCAAGCCUUAGUGGGUAUGGCGCUCAUUUUUGAAGGCACACCGGAUCCGCAUCCAUCUUCCGUACUCAUCGCCUCUGCAGUGAGGCUCGCUCAGUCUAUGCGCCUACACAGACGGUGUGGGGAUCGAGGUCUUACUCCGUUAGAGUCUGAGCAGCGACGGCGUGUGUUUUGGAUUGCAUAUUUCCUUGACAGGGAUAUCAGCCUUCGGACGAGGCAGCCAUUCACGCAAGAUGACGACGACAUGGAUGUUGAAUUGCCAUCGGAAAAUCCCACAAAUGAACUAAAGAGUAGUGACGAACUUUGCACUGUCAACUUCUUCUUCAAGUCUCGGAUCGGCCUAGCCGUCAUUCAGGGACAGAUAUAUCGAGGUCUAUACUCUGUGCAGGCCUCACGCCAGUCUGAGGCACAUAGAGUGAAAGUAGCGCAAGAGCUGAGUCAAGUCCUGGUGUAUUGGAGGAGCACCGUUCCUGUGGGUUUCGAAGAUCACUUUGCUAUCCCUCUUCAGCCUCCGCUGAGUCCAAAGAUGACACAUUUGCUCAUCAUUCGCUUCACCUAUGUUCACUGUCUAACCAUGAUAGAUCCAUUCUUGCAACCUACGGGGUGCUCAUUUACAGAAGCUGCUUCUCAGGAUCUAGAUGACUCCAUGAUUACAGACAGCCUCUGUAUAUCUGAGUGCCGAAAAGCAGUGAGUCUAAUUAGCAUGACACCUUGUGGAGAUUAUGCUUGCGUGUGGAUGCUACUUUGUGCCCUAUUCUCGGUCGUUCGUCUCCUUUUCGAGAAUAUACUCAGGUUUCCCACUUCUCCACACGCAGAGACUGAUUAUCAUGCCCUCCAGCCUUCCCUAAAACUAUUCAGCAUCUUGGCCAACAAGAAUGGCAAGCAUGCAUGUUCUAGGGAGACCCUGAAUAUGCAUAAUGUUUGCCAGGAUCUCAAUGAUCAAGCAAAGCAGUUGGGCUUUCAUGUCUAA